AUGUGGUGGAGCCAACCUGCUGUUUUGCCUUCUGUCCGUGGCACAGGCCAGUGCACCGAGUCCCUUUCUUUCACUCAAGUCCUCUCCUACAUUUUAAGCAAAAGACUGACUGAAGUAAUUGAUUCUUCAGGUUUGACAGUGACUGCUGUGAAGGACUUUGGGGAGUGGAACUUGGAAGCUGGAGCACUGGUGCUUGCAGAUGGAGGCCUUUGUUGUAUUGAUGAGUUCAAUAGUAUCAAAGAACAUGACAGAACCAGUAUCCAUGAAGCAAUGGAGCAACAAACCAUCAGUGUUGCAAAGGCGGGCUUGGUGUGCAAACUUAAUACGAGGACAACUAUCCUGGCAGCAACAAACCCAAAAGGCCAUUAUGACCCUAAUGAGUCUGUCUCUGUCAACAUAGCUCUUGGCAGUCCCUUGUUGAGCAGAUUUGACCUGGUCUUAGUAUUGUUAGAUACAAAGAACGAGGAAUGGGACCGCAUUAUUUCAUCCUUCAUCUUGCAAAAUAAAGGUUACCCAAGCAAAUCAGAAAAGCUCUGGAGCAUGGAAAAGAUGAAAACCUACUUUUGCCUUGUAAAAAGUAUACAGCCAAAAUUGUCUGAUGAGAGCAACCUGAUCCUUGUACGCUACUAUCAAAUGCAGCGUCAGAGUGACUGCAGAAAUGCUGCCCGAACUACCAUUCGCUUAUUGGAGAGUUUGAUACGCCUUGCAGAAGCUCAUGCCCGGUUGAUGUUUAGGGAUACUGUGACUUUGGAAGAUGCUGUAACUGUGGUAUCAGUCAUGGAAUCUUCUAUGCAGGGGGGUGCACUUCUCGGAGGCAUCAAUGCCUUACACACCUCAUUUCCAGAAAAUCCAAUGGCGCAGUACCGAACACAGUGUGAACUCAUAUUGGAGCGACUGGAACUGCAAGGUCUUCUGCACAAAGAGCUACAAAGACUUGACAGAUUACAAAAGGAAAAUUCAUGCCAGCUGCAGCCUGAAGAGACAAGUUUCGGUACUACUACAAGAUGCUCAAGCAAGGACACAUUUGGGCAGUCAAAGCAAAUGUCUCAGUCAGAACCUUCAAAUCAACAAGAGAAUAAUGCCAGACCACAGCCGCCUUUGCCCGAAGGCAGCUGUGAAGUGAAUAUACAUCUAGAAUCCUUGUGCAAUCCAGCACAUGGUAAUAACAAAAAUACAAACCACUUGAUUAAACAUAGCAAGAGAGGUGAUGAUGGCAGCCUGGCAUGGUUUGACAGCCUGGAAGAAAGCAACACUGAUGCUGAAGAAACUUCUCAGAAAAAGUCUCCGGUGCCCAAGAUAUCUCCAGAUAACUUGGCUUCAAAAACCCCGUGUAAAACAUCCUGCUCUGAAGAAAGAAGUGCUUCAGUACCAGGGCAGGGAAAUGGAAUGAGAGAGUCACUAGCAACUGUGAAUCUCCAUGCUCCUUUGGAACAGGACAAAGUUUCCAAGAAAAGCAGGAAAAGAACUGAAGAACACAGCUGUUUUUCUUCAGAAGCAAGUAUUCAAGACCAAGCCUCACCAAGUACUAGUGUGCAGGACUCAGUUAUUACGCAGCGAGUUUCUAAAAGCUGGCAGAGACUGCACACAGAGAAAUCACAUGGAUUCUUUACAAGUACACAAGACCCCGAGGCGAAGGCCCUUCCUUCAGUAUUACCUGCGUCUGGCCUGCCAGAUCUUUCAAGUGAUGCAGAUUCUGUGCUACAGGAAGAAAAGAACAGCGUAUCUGUAGCAGCCAAAACUGCAACAAUUUCCAUGAGAAAACGAAGUAAAGGUCAAGUGGUGAAGGAAACAAAGGUAGUAGGUUCCCAUGAGCCAGAAAUCCUUGACAGUGAAAGUCCUCCAACAGCUAAACUAGCUAAAUUUUCUUUCAGACCAAGGACAAAACUUGAUCAUUCUUCAGAGAAGAAAAAUGAAGAAUUUUCUCUUUUUCAGAGUGAAACUAUUUUUAAGCCUGGAGAGCAGCUCCAGGGAGAGCAGCUGCCAGAAGAAUGCUGCCCCCCUGAGAAAUGCAAGAUGACAUUGACUCAUUUGGAAAAACGAUCAAUUAAUAAUAAAGGGAGAGAAGAGCAACAUUAAGAGGUCAGAGGAAAUGCAACAAUACGCUCUGAUGUCAGUUUUAAUGUUGUGUUGUCUCCACCCACUGAAAAGAAAAGGGAGGGAGGGGAGAAGCUUGGUGGCCCAAGCACUGGGAAGGUGCGCGCCAGCACAUUAGCCAAACUGUCGACGUUCUCCUUUGCAUCACGUCCUGGGUCAAAACUGGAAACCUCACCUACCAUUGAGAUGGACACUAACAAGGAAAGCCAUAGCCCGCUGCUGAAGGUGCACGUGAGCAAUCCUAGCAGAAGGAAGACUUUUGCGUUGGGAAAUGCUAGUAAAACCAGUGUGGUCACACAGAAAUCUCUCUUCUCGAUAGCAGAGCUAGAUGAUGCUACAUUAGAUUUUGAUUGGGAUGAAGAGGUUAGGAAAAAUCCAAGCACAUAA